AUAAAAUACCUAUUUGAUGAUUCUACGGAAUUCGUGGAGUUUCCUGACUGAGAAAAACCAAACCCAAAUAUAAACUCUUCCGGUUUGAUAAUUUCUAGUUUUUUUGGAGAAGGAGAUUCGCCAUGUCUCCAGAUUACGACAAAGAAAAGGUGGAAGCUCUGGAAGCAGAGCUGGACUGUUUGCAGAAAGAGAAUGAAGCUCUCGGAUUAAUGUUUGAAACGAUGAGCAGAAAGUACAUCAUGCUUCAUCAAGCUUAUCUCCACCAGAAAUCAAACAAGAGGCAAAGACUUGAAGUUCCGGCUGCUGCUGGAUCCAAGGCGUCACAGGUUUUCGUGAAAACGGACCCCAGAGACCAAAGCCUUAUAGUGAAAGAUGGAUUUCAAUGGAGAAAAUAUGGCCAGAAAGUUACUAAAGACAAUCCCUCGCCUCGAGCUUAUUUUAAGUGCUUUAUGGCUCCGGGAUGCCCUGUCAAAAAGAAGGUUCAGCGAUGCGUGGAGGACAAAUCUAUUGUUGUGGCAACAUACGAAGGACAACACAACCAUGAUGUUGAUUCCACAGCUGCCGGAAAAUCAUUGUUAGCAUCAUGCAGCUCGGCGAUAUUUUCCGGGACGAGAAGCAUUCCUUUUCCACCUCUGGAUAAUCCUUUUCGACCAACCAUCACCCUUGAUCUCACUCUUUCAGGCUCCGACUUACAAAACCACAGAAACCUUCCAAGCUUUAUGCAUGAUUAUAGCACCAGUAACGACGACGGAAAUAAUAAUAAGAAGAAGAUCGAAGACUAUGUUGCAUCCUUUACAAAAGAUCCUAACUUCACUCUAGCUUUAGCUGCAGCGGUUGCUCGCUCCAUCAAAACUGAACACCCUAAACCAUCACUUCCGUGAACUUCAAAAACAAACUAUAACACUAUGGUAUAUAUAUAUAUAUAUAUUUUUUUUGGUGACAAAGAGCGAAGAUAGAUAAUGGAGUGAAUAUCAAACACUUUUGUAGUUUGUAUCUGCUUUGGUGCAAAUAUGAAUGGCGGCACGCUGCUUAGCUACUAUAUGUUCCAUAAACUAUUUAUCUAUAGAUAUAUAAAAUAAGUGUCUUUAAAUGAGGUUAA